AUGACGGACGCUCUACAAAAAAGAAAUCACUGGAAAUUAGCGCGCAUCUCUAAAUUAGUACCGAGCAUCGACGGAACAGUGAGAGAAGCAGAAGUAUACUGCAACAAAAAGACACUUCGGCGCCCUAUCAACCAACUCAUUCCUCUAGAAAUCCAAGGGAAUGAAAGAGAGUUCCAACAGAGCACAACUUCAGAAGCACAACAGUUACAAUCUCCACCUUCUAAUAAUCGAUACAAUCUACGCCCAAGAAAGGCGAAACACCGCUAUCCGGAAGAACAAAGUCAGGACAACGGUAAUAUCUACGGAUUUACCACAAAAAGAUCACCGACAACUUGGCCUACAACACUAUACCUAAAGAUGGCCCUCACCUUGGUUGUCAUCUCGUUUGUCAAGGGAAAAUACCUGCCAAUCGAGAAACCAAAAAUAAAUCAAAAUUACCCGCACCCAAACUAUGCCAUAGAAUGCAAAGAACAAGGGUUAUACCUUCAUGCCCCACAGGCAGAAGAAUAUGAAUUAUGCGUUAACAACUACUGCAUAAGGGAGAAGACACCUCCACUGCAUAAAUUCUUACGCUUGCCACCAGAAGAAGUACUUCACGACUUUGAAAUAAACUGGAAAAUACGCAUAGGAGAUAGUUAUACUACAGUUGAAACGGCUUGUUCAGCACUACCUUUUUGCUCUGCAAUAGACUGUACUAUGUGUGCCGCCAAUAUUUUAAACCCCGAAUGUUGGCCUCUGGCGGCAAUUGCAGGACUAGGUAUAAUAAUAUACCUUCUCACUGCCAUCUGCUACACCCUCUGUUGCAUAUCAGUUGCAGUUGGCCGACCAUUCCGCAUCGUCAUUGCGGGAGUAGGCAAGGUGCUUGACUUAGUGGCACUAUUAUAUGGUGUUGCUGUCAGCGGAUUACUCUCUGGGUUCUGCAUAGAGGAAAACAGCAACAUCCUAACCGAAUUCUGCAAGCAUUAG